AUGGAUGUACAAACUGUGAGUACAGCCCUUUCAGAAGGGACCUGCCCAGCGGAUAAUGACCAGUGUGUAAAUUUAGAGAAGACAGUCAUAAGGAUUCAGUCAUGGUGGCGUGGCAACAUGGUCCGCCGAGCGCUACUGCACGCAGCCCUUGGAGCAUGGGCCAUCCAGUGCUGGUGGAGGUCAAUGCAAACCAAGAUGUUGGAGCAGAGACGGCGCUUGGCACUGAAACUCUACACCUGCCAGGAGUGGGCAGUGGUGAAGGUGCAGGCGCAGGUUCGCAUGUGGCAGGCCCGCAGACGAUUCCUCCAGGCGCGCCAAGCGGCCUGCACCAUCCAGUCACGCUGGCGUUGGCAUGCCAGGCAAACCCGAGGCAAGAUCCAGGGCCACUAUGAGGUCAGAGCCAGCCAGCUGGCGCUUGAUAUCGAAAUCCUUAUGGCCUAG